AUGAAGCUCCUUUUAGAAUUCCAAGACGCACGUAAAAGAGAGAAACAGAUUUUUGAAGACUUCAAAGAUCUCUUUGUAGAGAAGCUACCAGAAGGUUUCGUUCCUCCACAAAGAAAGACAGACUACAAGAUCGAGCUAAUUGACGACAAGAAACCAAUGAUCGGUGUUCAAUACCACAAAAGUCCGAAACAGAAGACACUAGCCCAACAGAUUUGUCAAGACUGGUACAAAAGAGGAUUCAUCAGGAAAUCCACCGCUCCACACUCCGCUAGUUGCCAUGUAGUACCAAAGAAAUCAGGAGAAGGAAGACUUGUGAUUGAUUUCCGAGUCGCCAAAGCAAACACCCUACCCAUCUCCUUUCCAAUCCCGAGAAUAGAUGACAGAUUGAAUAAACUGUUCCACGCCAAAUGGAUUUCAAUUUUCGACAUGGUAGAAGGCUAUUUUCAAUUCCUUCUACAUCCAGACACCUGUUCGACAACAGCUUUCUCCGAUGGUGAAACCCUAUGGGAAUUCGUAGUACUCCCAUUCGGAACCAGCCAAAGUCCGAGUGCUUUCGCCGCCGCCGUCCAAGAGAUCUUGAGCCAAGAAGACAACAACGAUGCCAACUACUUUGAUGAUCUAUUCGUAGGGUCUGAGGACAUAGAUCAUCAUGAAAAGGAUAUCCGAGGGUUCUUACAAAAACUAAGAAGAAAUCAGAUCUAUUUAAAGAAAUCCAAAUGCCAAAUGUUCCAAACAAAGGUAGAACUCUUAGGAUUCAAGAUCGGUAAUGGAAAAACAUUCGCACAGUCCAACAAGAUCGACGCCAUAGUAUCGUUUCCACUACCAACAACCGUCAAGAACCUCCAACGUUUCCUAGGUUUAACCAACUACUACAGAAAUAGAGUACCAAAUUAUGCUCGAAUCGCCGCUCCACUAUAUGACCGAACCAAAGAGAAAGGUAAUAUCGAACUGACUCCAGAAGAAGCCACCGCAUUUGAAGCACUGAAAGUUGCCAUGGUCAACGCAACCGCCCUGAGUAUACCCGACCCCAGCAAGCCUUUCGAGAUUUACACUGACGCCAGCAACAUUGCAAUCGGAGCUACGAUCAACCAAAGAGACGAAAACAAUAACCUUGUUCCUAUCGCAUUCCACUCGAAGAAACUAAACGAUGCUCAGAGAAUCUUGCCAACAACUUCAAGAGAACUGUUCGCUAUAAUAGAUACAUUAAUUAAAUACGAAUAUUUAUUAAUAGAUAAUCCUAUUAAGAUAUUUACUGAUCAUAAAAAUCUUUCUUUUAUACAUACAAAACAACGAAUAUCGCCAAAGGAGAUACGAUGGAUAAAUUUUCUUAACAAAUUUAACCAUGAAAUUAUCCAUAUAGCCGGUACUGACAACUUAGCCGCUGACGCGCUAUCACGAAGAGAAGACUACGAAAACCCAUUGCCAGAGGAGCUGACCAAGCGUGUCAAAGAACAAAAGACCGACUUCAUAGUCUCUCUAAAGAAAAGAACCGACGUUAAAGUGAUUGACAUCAAUAACCUAAGCUACCAGAUUGAUGGUGACGACCGACGACUCUUAGUCACCGACCCAACAGUCAUCCAACAGCUAAUUGCAGAAGCACACGACGCACCAUAUACGGGACACUUUGAUGCCAAUAAUACAUAUUCGAAACUGAGACAGUUCUAUAGAUUUCCAGCCAUGUUUGCAACUAUUGAGAGUUACGUAAGAAGUUGCCAUAGCUGCCAGACCAACCAACUCGACAAGAAGCAAACCUUCAUCACGCCACAUACCCCACCGACGAGACCCUGGGAUACCAUAUCACUGGACUUUGUUAAAUUGCCCAUGACUAAGAAUGGCCAUGAUACUGUACUCGUUUUUGUGGACCUACUCUCCAAAAUGGUCAAGCUAGUCCCAACUACAAUCACUCUCACCGCUGAAGGACUUGCUAAGCUAUUCCAUGACAAUGUCUUUGUCAAUUUUGGAUUGCCAUCCAAGAUCAUUUCCGACCGUGAUAAACUAUUCACCUCCAACUAUUACAAAGAGCUAAUGAAAGAGAUCGGAACCAAGUUGAACAUAUCAACGCCUGCACGACCACAGACCGACGGACAGUCCGAACGACUGAUAAGAACACUACUCGACAGAAUCCGACGAUCACUACACAAGGAAGAUUGGGACACCAAUUUGAAAUCACUCGAGUUCGCCAUCAACUCCAAUGUUAAUGCAUCAACAGGUCAUACACCAUUCUUCAUUAACUACGGCUACCAUCCACGAACACCACUCUCAAUGAACCAACCAUUCUCCAACAAGACGCUAGAUGACCACAUUAAGGAAGUACAGAGAUACCACUCCAUCGCCAAAGACAACAUCCUCGAAUCACAAGACAAGCAAUCUAAGAGAAUCGAAGACAACAACGAACAACGACCACCAUUCUACGUCGACCAGAAGAAGGGUAUUUAUACCGCUCUAGAAAUUGAAAUCAAUGUUUUUAUUCAACAAAUAAUUAUUUUUCAA